AUGGAUGCCAGUCGGCGUAUGACACUACUUUUGGAAACACUGCGAAUCGUUCGAAGCAAUCUUCCUUUUCGGUUUGGAGAAAGCGACGAGUCCGAGCUCGUUACUGAUUUAGAAGCGAAAGAAGCAUUUCGCGCCACAAUUAACCGACAAGCUGUAACACAAGCCAUCGUUGAGCAGUACGAUUCUACCCAUAUCUACGCGGUGACUUACCUCAGCACCAAUCGCCUUUUAUGGGUACCAUCUUUUGCCAUGAGUGGUGGACUCUUGGAGCUGUAA